UACAAGAACACUGGAUUUUGCUAUGAAACAGAAAGCAAAUGAAAAGAAAUUUUAUUUUCAUUUUUAGCCCAUGAUGAGAAACCUUCAUUUUAAAAGUGUGUUUUGAUCCACCAAGAAGAGGACAACCGGAUUGCUCAGCCAGUUUUACAGAAUGAGGAGCCAUUUUACAGAAAGAAGAGGAUAAUAUUGGAGUCAUAUUUGAUUUCUCCCUUUGGAAAUAAUACUGUCUUUUGAGAUACAGAAAGCUGGGAAGUUUUUAUUCAGAAAAAUGAAUUUCAUAAAGGAGAACAGUCAAGUUCUCAUUCAAAGGAUGGGAAUGACUGUGAUAAAGCAAAUUUUGGAUGAGCUAUUUGUAUGGAAUGUUAUGAAUUACGAAGAAGUAGAUGUCAUUUGCUGCGAGAACUUUGAGCAGGAUGCUGCAAGAGCGGUCAUUCACAUGAUUUUGAAGAAGGGUUCAGAAGCCUGUAACCUCUUUCUUAAAUCCCUUGAAAAGUGGAACUAUCCUCUGUUUCAGGAAUUGCAUGGACUAAGUCUUUUUCAUCAGAUGUCAGAAGAAGACUUAGAUGAUUUUGCUAAGGAAUUAAAGUACUUCUAUCAGAGCCCAUCUUUUCUCAACUUCUAUCCCCUGGGUGAAGAUAUUGACAUCAUGUUUAAUUUGAAAAGCACCUUCACAGAACCGGUGCUAUGGAAGAAGGACCAACACCAUCACCGCCUGGAGCAGCUGACACUGAGUGGCCUGCUGGACACUCUUCAGAGCCCCUGCAUCAUCGAAGGGGAAUCGGGCAAAGGGAAGUCCACUCUGCUGCAGCGCAUCGCCAUGCUCUGGGCCUCAGGAGAGUGCCAGGCUCUCACCAAGUUCAAAUUAGUCUUCUUUCUUCGUCUGAGCAGGGUCCAGGGUGGACUCUUCGAAACCCUGUGUGACCAACUCCUGGAUAUACCCGAUGUGAUCAGUAAGCAGACUUUCAUGGCCAGGCUGCUGAAGUUGCGGCAGAGGGUUCUUUUUCUCCUUGAUGGCUAUAAUGAAUUCAAGGCCCAGAACUGCCCAGAAAUUGAAGCCCUGAUAAAGGAAAACCACCGCUUCAAGAAUAUGGUUAUCGUCAGCACCACCACAGAGAGCCUGAGGUACAUCCGGCAGUUUGGGGCACUGGUUGCCGAGGUGGGGGAUAUGACUGAGAGCAGUGCCCAGACUCUCAUCCAGGAAGUGCUGAGAAAGGAGUUCGCUGAAGGCUUGUUGCUCCAAAUUCAGAAAUCCAGGUGCCUGAGGAAUCUGAUGAAGACCCCUCUGUUUGUGGUCAUCACUUGUGCAAUUCAGAUGGGAAAAAGUGAGUUCCACUCUCACACACAAACCACGCUGUUCUGUGCCUUCUAUGAUCUGCUAAUAAAUAAAAACAGGCAUAAACGUAAAGGGCUGGCUCCAAGUGAAGUCACUCAGAGCUUGGACCACUGUGGAGACCUAGCUCUGGAGGGUGUAUUCUCCCGCAGGUUUGAUUUCGAACCAGAUGACUUGUCCAAUGUGAACGAGGAUGUCCUGCUGACAACAGGACUCCUCUGUAAAUACACAGCUCAACGGUUCAAGCCAAAGUAUAAAUUCUUUCAUCAGUCAUUCCAGGAGUACACCGCAGGACGCAGACUCAGCAGUUUACUGACAUCUGGAGAACCAGCGGAGGUGACCAAGGGGAAUGGUCACCUGCAGAAAAUGGUUUCCAUUUCAGACAUUACAUCCAAGUACAGCAACCUGCUCCUGUACACGUGUGGCUCCUCUGCCGAAGCCACCCGGGCUGUUCUGAAACACUUGUCAGCAGUGUAUCAACAUGGCAGUCUCCUUGGACUUUCCGUCACCAAGAGGCCUCUCUGGAGGCAGGAAUCCAUGCAAAAUACGAAAAGCACCACUGUGCAAGAAAUUCUGAAAGCCAUAAACAUCAAUUCCUUUACAGAGUGUGGAAUCAACUUAUUCCAUGAGAGUAUAUCCACAUCUAGCCUGAGCAAAGAAUUUGAAGGUUUCUUUCGUGGUAAAAGCUUAUAUAUCAACUCAGAGAAUAUCCCUGACUACUUAUUUGACUUCUUUGAAGAUUUGCCUAACUGUGCAAGUGCUCUGGAUUUCGUUAAACUGGACUUCUAUGGAGGGGCUGUGGCUUCGUGGGACAAAACCACAGAAGACAUAAGCAGGACCCAGGAUCAAGAGUUCUCAGGAACCUACAUUCCCAGCAGGGCUGUGUCUUUGUUCUUCAACGGGAAGCAGGAGUUCAAGACCUUGGAAGUCACACUCCGGGAUUUCUGCAAGUUGAGUAAGAAAGAUAUCAAAUAUCUGGAGAAAAUAUUCAGCUCAGCUACAAGCCUCAGGUUGCACAUUAAGAGAUGUGUUGGAAUGGCUGGAAGCCUCAGUUCAGUCCUCACCACCUGUAAGACCAUUCAUUCCCUCAUAGUGGAAGCCAGUCCCCUCACCCUAGAAGACGAGCAGCGUAUCACAUCUGUGACAAACCUGCAGACCUUGGGUAUUCAUGACCUACAGAUUCAACCGCCACCAGGUGGUCUGACUGACAGUUUAGGUAAUUUGAAGAAGCUUACGAAGCUCAUACUGGAUAAUAUUAAGAUGAAUGAAGAAGAUGCUUUAAAACUAGCUGAAGGUCUGAGAAAUCUGAAAAAGAUGUGCUUACUUCGUUUGACCCACUUGUCUGAUAUAGGGGAAGGAAUGGAUUACAUAGUCAAGUCUCUAUCAGCCGAACCCUGUGACCUUAAAGAAAUUCAAUUAGUCUCCUGCUGCCUGUCAGGAAAUGCUGUGAAAACCCUAGCUCAGAAUCUUCAUAACUUGGCCAGACUGAAUAUUCUUGAUUUAUCUGAAAAUCAUCUGGAAAAGGAUGGAAAAGAAGCUCUUCAUCAACUAAUUGACAGGCUGCACGUCUUAGAAGAGCUGACUGUUCUGAUGCUGCCCUGGUGUGGUGAUGUACGAGUCAGUCUGGCCAGACUGUUGGAGAAACUGGAGAGGGUUCCACAGCUCGUCAAGCUUGGGCUGAAAAACUGGAGACUCACAGAUGCAGAGAUUAGAAUUCUAGGUGUAUUUUUUGAAAAGAAUCCUCUGGAAAACUUCCAGCAGUUGGAUUUGGCGGGAAAUUGUGUGAGCAGCGAUGGAUGGCUUGCCUUCAUGAGUGGAUUUGAGAAUCUUAAGCAACUGGUGUUUUUUGACUUCAGUACGAAAGGACUCUUACCUGAUGCAUCAUUAGUCAGGAAACUUAGCCACGUGUUAUCCAAACUAACUUUUCUGCAAGAGGUUCAGCUUAUUGGGUGGCAACUUGAUGACUAUGAUGUCAGUGUUCUUAAAGGUGCUUUUAAACUAGUAAUUGCUUAAAUAAAGGGUACCCUAAGCCUCUGAAUGCUCUGGGGACUCCAUUACUUUCAGCCUGGUGAUUUAAAAAUCUUUGCUCAAAAGAACUGCCCCAGGUGCCCUGCAGACUUAUAAGUAAGAAAUGUAUGCUUACUGUUGUAACUGAGAUGUUUGAAUUGUUUCUUAAAUUGCAUGAUUGCAAUAAAGGCCUGGCUAAUGAAAAAACGAAACAAAAAACUUUGCUCAUAUACUUCAAGAGUCUGAAAGUAAACAGCAAUCCACUAUAUAUCUAAAUAUUAUCCUUCUCAACAGUGUCUGACUAACUCACACCCCUUCUAAACGUUUUCUUCUUUUACUGAUAUCAGGACGAUGUGGGGCAUCAUCUUCUUAGCUGGCCUCGUCCAUGGAAAUCAACUUUCUUAAUUUCAUCACUCAAAUAAAAAGGAGACAGAAAAGAGGAGGAUGCCAGGAAAAUGAGGCCAAAGAAGAGGAGGAAGUGGAAGGGAGUUUAAAUUGAUGACAGGUAUAAAUGGGUGAAUUUAACUCUAAUGACCAUUAUAUACACUACUGUGGGCAAGAAUCCCUUAGAAGACAUGGAGUAACCAUCACAGUCAAGAGUCUGAAAUGCAGUACUUGAAUGCAAUCUCAAAAAUGACAGAAUGAUCUCUGUUCGUUCCCAAGGCAAACCAUUCAAUAUUACAGUAAUCCAAGUCUAUGCCCCGACCAGUAAUGCUGAAGCUGAAGGUAAACGGUUCUAUGAAGACUUACAAGACAUUCUAGAACUAAUACCCAAGAAAGAUGUCCUUUCCAUUAUAGGGGACUGGAAUGCAAAAGUAGGAAGUCAAGAAACAGCUGGAGUAACAGGCAAAUUUUGUCUUGGAGUACAACAUGAAGCAGGGCAAAGGCUAAUAGAGUUUUGUGAAGAGAAUGCACUGGUCAUAGCAAAUACCCUCUUCCAACAACACAAGAGAAGACUCUACACAUGGACAUCACCAGACAGUCUAUACCAAAAUCAGACUGAUUAUAUUCUUUGCAGCCAAAGAUGGAGAAGCUCUAUACAGUCAGCAAAAACAAGACCAGGAGCUGACUGUGGCUCAAGUCAUGAAUUCCUUACUGCCAAAUUCAGACUUAAAUUGAAAAAAGUGGGGAAAACCACUAGACCAUUCAGGUAUGACCUAAAUCAAAUCCCUUACGAUUAUACAGGGGGAGUGACAACUAGAUUCAAGGGAUUAGAUCUGACAGGCAGAGUGCCUGAAGAACUAUGGAUGGAGGUUGGUGACACUGUACAGGAGGCAGUGAUCAAGACCAAGAAAAAGAAAUGCAAAAAGGCAAAAUAGUUGUCUGAGGAGGCCUUACAAAUAGCUGAGAAAAGAAAAGCUAAAGGCAAAGAAUAGGAAAGAUAUACUUACUUGAAUGGAGAGUUCCAAAGAAUAGCCAGGAGAGAUAAGCAAGCCGUCCCCUGUGAGCAAUCCAAAGAAACAGAGGAAAACAAUAGAAUGGGAAAGACUAGAGAUCUCUUCAAGAAAAUCAGAGAUAACAUAGGAACAUUUCAUGAAAGAUGGGAUCAAUAAAGGACAGAAAUGGUAUGGACCUAACAGAAGCAGAAGAUAGUAAAAAGAGGUGGCAAGAAUACACAGAAGAACUAUAAAAAAAAGAUCUUCAUGACCCAGAUAAUCACGAUGGUGUGAUCACUUAUCUAGAGCCAGACAUCCUGGAAUGCAAAGUCAAGUGGGCCUUAGGAAGCAUCACUACAAACAAAGCUAGUGGAGGUGAUGGAAUUCCAGCUGAGCUAUUUCAAAUCCUAAGAUGAUGCUGGGAAAGUGCUGCACUCAAUAUGCCAGCAAAUUUGGAAAACUCAGCAUGGCCACAGGACUGGAAAAGGUCAGUUUAAAGGCCAUGCCAAAGAAUGCUCAAACUACUGCACAACUGUACUCAUCUCACACACUAGCAAAGUGAUGCUCAAAAUUCUCCAAGCCAGGCUUCAACAGUAUGUGAACUGUGAACUUCCAGAUGUUUGAGUUGGAUUUAGAAAAGGCAGAGGAAGCAGAGAUCAAAUUGCCAACAUCCAAUGGAUCAUCAAAAAAGUGAGAGUUCCAGAAAAACAUCUACUUCUGCAUUAUUGGCUAUGCCAAAGUCUUUGACUGUGUGGGUCACAACAAACUGUGGAAAAUUCCUAAGAGAUGGGAAUACCAGACCACCUGACCUGCCUCCUGAGAAAUCUGUAUGCAGGUCAAGAAGCAAUAGUUUGAACAACUAGACAUGGAACAUCAGACUGGUUCCAAAUCAGGAAAUGUACUGGUUUCAGUACGUCAAGGCUGUACAUUGUCACCCUGAUUAUAUAACUUAUAUGCAGAGUAUAUCAUGAGAAAUGUUGGACUGCAUGAAGCACAAGCUGGAAUCAAAGAGUGCCAGGAGAAAUAUCAAUAACCUCUGAUAUGCAGAUGACACCACACUUAUGGCAGAAAGCAAAGAACUAAAGAGCCUCCUGAUGAAAGUGAAAAAGUUUGCUUAAAACUCAACAUGCAGAAAACUAAGAUCAUGUCAUCAGGUCUCAUCACUUCAUGGCAAACAGAUGGGGAAACAAUGGAAACAGUGAGAGACUUUAUUUUUUGUGGGUACAAAAUCACUACAGAUGGUGACUGCAGUCAUGAAAUUAAAAUACGCUUGCUCCUUGGAAGAAAUGUUAUGACCAACCUAGACAGCAUAUUAAAAAUCAGAGAUACUACUUUGCGAACAAUAGUCCGUCUAGUCAAAGCUAUGGUUUUUCCAAUAGUCAUGAAUGGAUGUGAGUUGGACUACAGAGAAAGCUGAGCACUGAAGAAUUGAUGCUUUUGAACUGUGGAGUUGGAGAAGACUGUUGAGAGUCCCUUGAACUGCAAGGAGGUCCAACUAGUCUCUCCUAAAGGAAAUCAGUCCUGAAUAUUCAUUGGAAGGACUGAUGCUGAAGUUGAAACUCCACUACUUUGGCCACUUGAUGUGAAGAACUGACUCAUUUGAAAAGACCCUGAAGAUGAGAAAGAAUGAAGGCAGGAGAAGACAGAGGAUGAGAUGGUUGGACGGCAUCACCGACUCAAUGGACAUGAGUUUGAGUAAACUCCGGGAGUUGGUGAUGGAGAGGGAGAUCUGGCAUGCUGCAGUCCAUGGGGUUGCAAAGAGUCAGACUUGACUGAGUGAAUGAACUGAAUUGAUAAAUGGUUCUGGUGUCUGGUCACUUUUAUCAGCUACUUGAAGGGGACUCCUGUUCAUCCUUAUAUUCCCUUCAGUCUCAAGAAUAGCAGGUCACCAAAAUUUAUAUACUCUAUAUGCACAUUUACUUUGUACAGUGCAUGGCAUGUACUAUACUCCUGACAAGCAUUUGCUAAAUAUGAUACAAAGUUACCAAUAAAUAGCUAUUGAAAGAAACA